AUGAAGAACACGCAGGUGGCUCUGCUGCUCCUUGUGUGUGUGCAGGGCACAAUCACACAGGCAACCACGAUGGCAGCUACAGAAGUGACUCCUCCUGUCAGCACACUUCAAUAUCUGACUCAGCUUAAUGAGAAGACUACCAGCCAGCACACCUCCCCAAAGCUCUUUGCCAACGUGACUGGCUCUCUGGAUGACCAUGGAAGUUGUCAGUGCUCUGUGUACUUGACGGAUACCACCUUUCCUGUGCAGAAGGCUGAGCAAUUGCAAAUGAUAGCCACAACGCUCUUGCAGAAAUUUGAGGCAGAGCUUUCUCAAGUUAAAGAGUAUUCAAAAAGGAUUGAACUAUAUCAACAGCAAAUUCUUAAUAUAACCAUCAGAGUGGAGCAUAUGGAACAGAGCAGCAUAUCUUACACAGAACUGGACUUCCAGUUACUGAAAGUGGAAAUCAGUGACCUAGAAAGGCUGGUCACUCAGCUGAAAUCCAGUGUUGUUGGGAGCAAUGUCAUCAUCGAUCAAAUAUAUUUGGAGAUCACAAAUCUAACUAUAUUGGUAAAUGAACUAGAAUCAAUGGACAAAAACAAUAUCCUUGCAAUACGUCGACAAGUUGCAUUUCUUCAGAAUCAAUUGAGAGAGUGCGAAGAGAGCAAAAACAAAACUACAGCACCUCCUUAUUUCCCACCAGGUAGCUGCAUUCACCGUGGACUGCUGAAUGUUAGCCAGCCCUAUGUUGUAAAACUGAACUGGAAAGGAUUUUCCUACAAAUAUGGUUCCUGGGGUAGAGAUUAUUCUCCUUCCAACCCCGAGAAAGAAACCUAUUGGGUUGUACCACUGGACACGGGUGGGAGAUAUUUUGAAUAUUUUAGAAUUUAUGGUUCCUUUGAUGAUUUGCUGCUGUUUAAACCAAAGUAUGAAAGAAGACUAACCUAUGGGGAAGGAAGUGGUGUUGCUCUUUACAAUAAUUUUUUCUACUACCAUGUUUAUUCUUCAUCAGAUAUAGCCAAAUAUGAUAUAAAUACAAACACUGUGGUUUUGCGUAAGGCCCUUCCCUCUGCUGCUGUUAGUAACCGUUUCUCAUACGCGGGUGUAUCGUGGCAAGACAUAGAUUUUGCUGUGGAUGAAAGUGGGCUGUGGGUAAUAUAUUCAACAGAAAAUAGCAUGGGCAACAUUGUGAUUAGCAAACUCAAUGAGACCACACUUGAUGUGCUAAAUACUUGGCAGACAAGACAGUACAAGCCAUCUGUUUCCAAUGCUUUCAUGUUAUGUGGCAUUCUGUAUGCCACAAGAACACUGAGCACUAGGAAAGAGGAAAUCUUCUACAUGUAUGACACAAGUACUGGCGAAGAAGGUCGUGUGAGUAUCAUCAUGGAUAAAAAAUUAGACAGAAUCCAGAGUCUUUCUUAUAACCCCACAGAUCAGAGACUAUAUGUUUACAAUGAUGGUUACCUUCUAAGAUAUGAUAUGACCUUUCAGCCUUAGUAUCUCAGUGACACAAGUAUUACGUGUAAUGGCAGCAGUGAAAUAAGAGAUCUGAUAUGCCUUUGACAAUGCUAUCAACACUACAGGUUUUGUCUAGUCUGAGGUACUGUGUUUCUGGGUGUUACAUAUAUUGCUUUGAUUACUCUCGUUUAAAGAAUUGACCACCCUGAUCAGUUGUAUUAGUGGCAUCAUGCUUGGCAGUACUGGGCUUUGAUUGGUGUUUAUUGGUGCUUGGUGCUUUGCAAUUGUCCUGCCUCUGAGGGCAGAUAUACAGUGUAGAUUUAGUGCAUUUUGGUCAUGGAAAUUGAUGGGCAUAGGAUAUUUGCUGAAGAAGCUGGGCUCAAGGCUUCAGGAGAGGGAGUAGAGAUACACUUUGCUGUUCAAAGCCAUACUGUGGGUAAGGAAGAGAAGGCACUGGGACUGAGACAGUGCAGAGCUCACCGUCCAUGACAGAGCUGAUGCAGUGGGGCAGCUGCCAUGCCUGUGGCUGCCUCCCAUCACCUCAGCUCCCUCCCAAGCUGCCAGAGCACCAAGCAGGCUUCCUGGAGGGACUGUAGGGCCAAAAUUGCAGCACUGCUUUUGCUGUCCUCUCUUCCCCAUUUGUUGCCCUUAGCAACUCCUUGUGCAGAAGUCUGGGCUUGGGGAUGAUCUUACUGCAGUCUAGCCAUGUUUUGUGGUCACUGUGGCUCCACUUUCCUGGCAGUGCAAGAAACACACUUUUCCUUUCCUUUAUGCCCUUGUAAGCUGUUUCAAAUCCUUCUGUUGACUUUAUUGGCCACAGCCCAAUUAUAUAUAUAUAUCAUGCAUUGCCAUGGAAUGACAGGAGUGUUAUUUAAUGUGCCUCUCUUCAGCAGUUUUGCCAUUCUGCAAUUGGAUUUCUGAGAGCCUUGUUACUGUAAGAUCCAAUUCAUUCCCUGUGUAAUUCUGUCUUACAGCAAAGCACUGGUCUUGUGGAAAACAGAAGUCUGGUCAAACUAGUUGGAUAUGUGUUUGUUAUAUGUGGCUGGUGUGUAAUGGUUUUUGAAUGUGUGUACUGUAUCAAUGUCUUACCUUCAUCAUGUCAGAAAACAAGGUGAAAUACUGAAAUUCAGAAGUCUAUGAUGAAGAAAGCAGU